GGUGGUUUUGCCACCUAACCUUUCUCUCUUAAUAAUUCCCUCCAAAAUCUCAGACAUCUAGGGUUAGGGUUUCGUCUCCAUCGCCCAAAUCCCUUCAAACUCUCUAUCCAAUCGUGGAUAGAUACAGAGGAGGAGAUCGAUACAACAACCCUAAUGAUUCUCAACCAUACAGACACCCUCGCGGUCCACCGCGAUCUUCAAACGAUUCUCCGAUCAAUCGCCACCGUAGCGGUUUCUCCGGCAAUCGCCGCAAGUUGCAUAAGAAGUCAAGAAAUCAUCCAAUUUCACGAACCCUAGGACCAAUACCACAAAUAGGUUUCACCAUUUUACCUCUUGAAUCUCAUAUCGUGUAGAGGGGUUUAAAGUUGCAGGUAACCAGGAGUUUUAAUUUGCUGUUCAAUCCUCCAACAGUACUACGCUCAAUGGUCCACAACUCCACGCAUCCUCUCCUUUUCUUUAAGAAUGUGACGUGCUUCACCGCAGCAACACAGCCGUGGCCACACCACUACACCACCUCCUGUUAAACCAUUGGCCCAUUGCUCACACGACGGUGCUUCUUAAAGACCAUAAAUAAGGAUGGUGCGGCGACUGUGGCCUUCGAUUCCGACGAAGACGAAACAAGCGAUGAGAGGUGACUACGACGGUAGUGAGCGAUUCGGUGGAGGCGGUUUCGAGAAAAGGAAUUUUGAUGGAGAUGGUUAUGAUAAAAGACAUGGUGAUGGUGGUAAUUUUAGCAGAAAGCAAUCUGAUGGCGGCAAUGUGGCCAAGCUUUUUGUUGGGUCUGUUCCGAAGACUGCCACCCAAGACGAUUGUUCUCCCAAAUGAAGACGAAGAAGAAAAUGUCGUAAUGCUUCGCGUAACAUAUUAAGCUGGUGUACAUUGAAUCGGACCUAAGGUAAUCGGCCAUCCUGUGUUUGUGUUCUCCGUUUUGUGCUUCUCCGGGUUCGUGUCAGUGCCUAUUUGGUUGUUUGCAUGUUCCAAAUUUAACUUCCGAAGUUUGGCGUAUUGCAUCCCGCACGUAAACAACGGAAGGUAAUUUUCGUUUGUUUUCUUUUUGUUUCUUACAUUCUGGCCAAAGAACCCCAAAUAAUUGAAAACCACUGCUCCAAAUUUGUGUGCAUAUGCGAACAAUGGUCAUGGUAAUCGGAAAUCGGAACGGUGGUUCUUGAUUCUUCAAUUUGAGAUUUGGAAUUAAGAUGAA